CCUGAUUGUCUGAUUAUUUAUAUUAUUCAGAAUUGUAAGAGUUAGUUUGUAAAGUAACCAAAUGUAUUACAAAACAAUUUGUUUUUUCCUAUUCAUCCUCUUACAUCUACUAAGUGCGAAUCCAACUAAAGGUGCACAAAGUAGCAACAAAUUAAGCCAAUCGCAAGAUGAGGAACAAAAUGAAAAGGACAAGGAUCAAUUAAAUGAAUUGAAUGAUCCUGAUAGUAGAAACCAAAAUGAUUCUCAAAGUGAGAGAGGACGUGAAAAACAAAAAAAUAAAGUUAAAAAACCUGGUUGUAAAAAAAGUCACAAAAAAGGUGAUACAGCAAAAAAAUCACCACAGGCAAAAGCCUUAAGUACUACUAAAGAUGAUAAAGAUGCAUUAAAUGAUAAUAAAAAAGACAGGAAAAAGAAUGAUGUUGAAGACGACAAAAGAGAUUUGAGUGACAAUAAAAAGGAUGAUGAGGAAGAUGAUCCAGACAAGAUAAAAAGUCUAGUAAAAAAUCUCUUGGAUAAAGACCAAGGAGAUAGAAAAAGGACUGAAGAAGAUCUUUUAAGAAAUAAUAAACCUGGAAAGAAUAAAGAUGAUAAUACAGAAGAUAAAAAGGAUGAUGAUGGUGAAGAUGAUACUCAUGAUUCCUCAAAAAAUAAGAAAAGAGGAAAUAAUAAAGAUGAUGAGAUAGAUGAUUUAAAAAGGGAUGAAAAUAAAGACAAAGAAGAUGAUGAACAAGAUCCUCCAAAAAAUGAUAGAUCCAUCGAUGAUAUAAAAGAAGGUGAAGAAAAUUUAAAAGGAAACAAAAAGAAUAAUGAAGGUGAAGAUGAUGCACAAGAUCCUUCUCAAAAUAAUAAAUCCGGCAAUGAUAAAAAAGAAGAUAAAGAAGAGUUGAAAGACCAUGAAAAGAAUGAUGAAGAUAAUAAUAAUACACAAGAUCUUUCUCAAAAUAAUAAAUCCAGCAAUGAUAAAGAAGAGAGAAAAGAAGAUUUGAAAGACAAGGAAAAGAAUGAUGAAGAUAAUAAGAAUACACAAGAUUCUUCAAAAAAUAAUAAACCCACCAAUGAUAAAGAAGAGAGAAAAGAGGAUUUGCGAGGCAACAACAAGGAUGAUGAGGGUGAAGAUGUGACACAAGAUCCUUCUCAAAAUAAUAAAUCCAGAGAUGAAGAAAAUGAUAAGAAAGAAGAUUUGAAAGGUGAUGAAAAGGAUGAUGAAGGUAAAGAUGCACAAGAUGAUUCGCCAAAUAGUAAACAGAACAUUGAUGAAGAAGAAAAUGAAGGCAGGAAAAAAGACAGAAUAGAAGACGGACAAAAGGAUAAUCAAGGGAAUAAAGAAACCAAUAAAAAUGAAAAAGCAUUACAAGAUACUCUAGCUGGAAAUGAAUGUGAGUGUGAAGAUGAAUUCUCCCAUGUCUGUGCAGUAAAUGGUCUUCAAUUUGUAAAUGAGUGUCUUGCUCAUUGUGCAGGGACACAGAAAGAAUGUUAUGGGCUUUGUCCCUGUGAAGGAAAGGAAAAAACGACAGAAAUUGUAGAAAGGAAAGACAGCAGAGCAAAACCCAGUAACGAAAGAGAAGGCACUGGUGAAAUCGAAGGAGAAGGAGCAAGAGAUACUGAAAAGGUAGAAAAAAGAGGAGAGACAAAUUUUGAACAAGGAAAUAGGAAGGAAGGGAAAAUAUUGUCAAAUAAAAAAGGUAAAAAUAACAACAAAGGCAAUGCAAAUGGGAAAAAAGGGAUCGAAAAAAGAAACACUGAAAAGGUCAUAAAUGAUGAUGAUUAUCAAAUUCCUGAACCCGGUGAAGAGGCAAUUUAUGAAAAUGAUGAACAAGAAGUUUAUAAUAUUAAUAAUUACCAUGAGGAAGAAGUAGCCAACUAUGGACCAAAUGGAAGAGGUCAAAAUAAUGGGAAAAAUAGCAGCAGAAAAAAUAAACAAAGAAAAAAUCCAAAAAAUAAAAGAAACAACAAUAUAAGAAAAAAUCUACCAAAAAAUGGAAAUAACAAUAGAAGAAAACGUCUGCGGAACAAUGGCCAAAUUAAUGAACAAAAUUAUCCUAAUGUUAAUGGACAAUUUAAUCCCCAGAAUAAAGGACAAAAUAAUCCUCAAGUUAAUGGAGCCUUAUAUCCCAAGUAUGACGAUGAGUAUGAUUAUGAGUAUGAUGAAAAGUAUGACGAUAAAUCCUAUUAUUCACAGUACAAUGGACAAGCUAAUAGACAAAAUAACGGACAAAAUAAUGGACAAUUUAACCCCCCGGAUAAUGGACAAAACAAUCAACAAAAUAAUGGACAAAAUAAUGGACAAAAUAAUCCUCAAGGUAAUGGACAAAUUGAUCCCCAGAAUAAUGGACAAAACAAUGUUCAAAACAAUGGACAAAAUAAUCUUCUGAAUUAUGGUUAGAUAACAGUUUAAAUCUUUAAAAAUAAAUAUUUGAUGAAAAAAAGUUAAA